AUGUCUUUGGGCGAGGACUUGCUCAACAUUGUCAACAAGCUCCAGGACCUGGUCUUCAACACCAUCGGAAAUGAUUCCCUGGACUUGCCGCAGAUUGUAGUCGUGGGCUCUCAGUCCUCCGGAAAGUCCUCGGUGUUGGAAAACAUCGUUGGCAAAGAUUUCUUGCCUCGCGGAAGCGGCAUCGUCACCCGGCGGCCCUUGAUCCUUCAACUCAUCAACGUCCCCAGCGAACGCGAGGACAAGCCCGGCUCGGACGAAGUCCAUGUACCCCAUACCCCCGCCAGUGUUGCAGGACAGGAAGAAUGGGCCGAGUUUCAUCACAUUCCGGGGCGCAAGUUUCACGACUUCCGCGAGGUCAGGCAGGAGAUUGAGAACGAGACUGCGCGGAUAGCAGGAAGCAACAAGGGCAUCAACCGCCAGCCCAUUAACUUGAAGAUUUACUCGCCUCAUGUCCUGAGCUUGACUCUGGUGGAUCUGCCGGGUCUUACUAAGGUCCCCAUUGGCGACCAGCCCUCGGACAUUGAGAAGCAGACGAGGAAUCUCAUUACGGAAUACACGGCGAAGCCCAACAGUAUCAUUCUCGCCGUUUCUCCUGCAAACGUCGAUCUUGUAAACUCGGAGGCGCUCAAGCUCGCUCGCCAUGUCGAUCCCAUGGGUCGGAGGACGAUUGGUGUGCUCACCAAGCUUGACUUGAUGGACCACGGCACCAAUGCGCUCGACAUCCUCUCAGGGCGCGUAUACCCGUUGAAGUUGGGUUUCAUCGGUGUGGUCAACCGCUCUCAAUAUGAUAUCCAGGAGUCCAAGUCCCUCUCGGAUGCAUUGCAGGCUGAGCGCGAUUUCUUCAGGCAUCACCAGGCAUAUAGGAACAUGUCUAACCGAUGCGGAACCGAAUUCUUGGCAAAGACGCUGAACCAGACGCUGAUGUCGCACAUCCGCGAGCGUUUACCGGACAUCAAGGCCCGUUUGAACACUUUGAUGGGCCAAACACAGCAAGAACUUGCGAGCUACGGAGAUGUCGCUUUCACAGGAAAGGAACACAGAGGAUCGCUCAUCCUUCAGCUGAUGACCCGCUUCGCGUCUUCUUUCAUUUCUUCCAUCGACGGUACCUCUUCGGAGAUCUCGACUCGGGAGCUUUGUGGAGGAGCGAGGAUUUACUACAUUUUCAACUCUGUUUUUGGUAAUUCCUUGGAGACCAUCGACCCUACUACGAACCUGUCUGCAGAGGACAUCAGAACGGCUAUUCGGAACUCCACUGGACCUCGCCCGAGUUUGUUCGUGCCAGAAAUGGCCUUUGAUCUGCUCGUCAGGCCUCAGAUUAAGCUGCUGGAAUCCCCAAGUCAACGAUGCGUCGAACUUGUUUACGAGGAGCUGAUUAAGAUCUGCCACACUUGUGGCUCGAACGAGCUCAGCCGUUACCCUCGCCUUCAGGGCAAACUGAUUGAAGUUGUUUCCGACCUCUUGCGCGAACGCCUUGGCCCAUGCUCCGGCUACGUAGAGUCGCUGAUCGCCAUCCAACGCGCGUACAUUAACACUAAUCACCCUAACUUCCUUGGCGCAGCUGCUGCCAUGUCAUCGGUGAUUCACGACAAGCAGGAGAAGGAGAAGCAAAUGGCGGCACAAGCGGCAGCGCAACAAGCGGCUCUGGAAGAUAAGAAGAAGCGGGAAAAGAAGCGGAUGAAGGAAUUGAACGGCGUUAACGGAGCCGAAACGCCCGAUGAUAGCGAGGAGCAAACGGAAGCACCUGGCGAAAAGGCCGCUAAUCUCACCAUUCGCGGCCACGCCAGCAAGAACAGCAGGAGCAUGUCUCCCGCUGUCCGUGCAAACGGCGCCCCAGCUAUCACCAGCCAAUUGAACGGGGGCCGCUCUUCGUCACCGCCAAGGUUCCAAGCGCCAGGCUCUACGCGCGACACAUUCCUUAACUACUUCUUCGGGAAGGAAGGUGGAUUGCCGACAAACACAUCAAUGCCAUCGUCAUUGAUGGACAGUCGACCUGGUAGCAGGCAUGUGACUCAGAACUCUGAGCCUAGCUUCACUGGUAGUCUCAGACGUGGCGACAACCGUGUUCCUGAUCGCAGCAUCAUGGACAUCGCCCAGGGUAACCCAGAACUCGCUCUUCCUAGGAGCGAAUACGAUACUCCAUUCCCUGAAGAUCCCACGGAACCCGCUCUCACCGAGCGGGAAGCCCUCGAAACCGAGCUCAUCCGGCGCCUCAUCUCGUCUUACUUUAACAUUGUCCGUGAGACCAUUGCCGACCAGGUUCCCAAGGCCGUCAUGCACCUUCUGGUCAAUCACUCGAAGGACGUGGUCCAAAACCGUCUCGUCAGCGAGCUCUACAAGGAGCAGCUUUUCGAGGAGUUGUUGUACGAGGACGACGCUAUCAAGUCGGAGCGUGAGAAGUGCGAUAAGCUGCUCAGGACAUACAAGGAGGCGGCGUCCAUCAUCGGUGAGAUUCGGUAA